CCAAAAGAUAAAGAGAAAGUUAGUUUGAUCAUAAUUGGAUUGAAGAAAUACAUAACAAGAUGAAUGGAAAUAGAAACAAUUCCAGACAUGUAAAAACGUAUAAAGUACAACAUUUGAGAACAUUUGAAGUUACUCCUAAAAAUGUAUUACCAAAUACACAAACUGCUGUUGAACUACUGAUGCAAGGGUGUUACACAUAUGUACGCAGUUUUAACAUGUCAAUCGAUGAUAAUAAUGGUGAACCAUAUCUCAUUCUAAGUGAUCCACGUAAUGGAGAUGCUGAAGUUGAACGUUUCCGUAUUGGUCGUAUACUCUAUCCUCGGUAUCGAAUAACUCCUCCAGAUGUGUGUCCAGUAAACAAUCUACUCACAUUCACUAUCAAAGCUGGUUCAAUGGAUGAUGGACGUCCAAGACGCAAUGAAAUACAUUUAUUUCAAGUUUUAACUUGUCCUGCUCAAACAAUUGUCAAUGUUUUACUGAGAGCUGGAGCUCUAGACAAUGAUUCAUAUGAUCAAGACAUAAAUGACUCCAUGCUAAUCUCCAGGGCUCCAUCUGAACCAAAUCUAAGGAUACCAUUACAAACAAGUUCAAGUGGAAUUCAACUUCCACCAAUGAUUACCAAAGAGGAUAGUGUAUAUAGUGAAUCACAAAUCAAUCGUGAGUGGAUUGACUUAGAGGUUGCACUGCUUAAUCACUGUUUUGAUGACAUUGAAUCAAAUUACAAAAUUUUGAAAAGCAGAACAACUCGACAGUUCUCUAAAUCAGCACCAUCUGUUGCUACAUCGAGUAAAUCAAAAAGUCGAGUUUCAAGUAUUAGUGUAAAUCAAAAUUCUACUUUGGUCAGUGAGUUAGAUGAACCUGUGAAAAAAUGUGCUGUUGAUUUCUUUGAAAAACUCAAAUUCGCAUGCAUUCUAUUGGCAAGACUUCAAGACUAUCUUGUAGAUCCGAAUUCUGCUCACUUGGCUAGACAACUAUUUGAAUUUUUAAAAUAUGGAGUUGAUGCUACACGAAACCCUAAAACAAAUAGAUCAAGCAUUGCUCAAUCAACUAUUUAUCCACUAUUACCAGAUUAUGUUGUGCUUUUUAUUCAAUCGAACUUGACAAAUGAAUAUGAAAGACUAUGGCGCAAUCUUGGAGAUGCAUGGAAUGUACCAAGGAAGGACUCUCCUUACGAAGAUCGCGUUUAUAUACCCAACUUUGAGAACAGAUUCACGGUAAUCCCACAUGAAUACGAACCAUCAUUGUUUAACUACAACUCUCCAAAUGUGAUUGAUAGACAAGAGACAAGAUAUAUGCUCCCACCAGGCAGUAAUUUUAAUGUGAAUCAAUCUUCUAGAACACCACGUGACAAAACCAAACUUGUCCAAGUUAUUGAGUCGUUUGAAGCAAGCUCUGAAAGAGAAUUAACAGUAGAAAAUGGUGAAUGGGUAAAAAUUUUAGAAAAGAAUGGAAAAUGGUAUAAAGUUCAGAAUAAGUUUGAUGAAGAAGGUUAUUGUCCAGGGUCAAUACUGAAAAUUCCAGGAACUAUGUGAUAUUUUCAAAUAAACGAAGAAAAUUAAGUAAGUUUCAAGUUGUAUUUGUGAAUACAUUUGAACAUUUACUAAUCAUUAAUGAAUGAUUCAGUAGUUUUUCUUCAAACCUAGUAAGGUUUUUAUUCAGAUAAUGAAGGUUGCUAGUAAUGUUUUAUAAUCCACUGGGAAUAUGUUAAAUGUUAACAGACAAAUCAAAUAACUUGUUUGAAUAAGUUUGAGAUGAUAUACCUAUAUGAAGCAAUUAAACAGUGGUGGACCAUUUUGUAUCGGAAUAUUGGAAUGUUCUAAAACUUACAAAUGAUUAGCAUUUCCUUUGAGAAGUUGGACAUGUGUAAAAGAGCAUACUUGAGGGUAUCAGAUAAUUAACAUCUUGUUAAAACGGAAAGCAUGUCCAGAUGCAGAUAUUGCUAUGUCUAUACAAUGCCUUUGUUGUUGUGUUCUUUGGAAUGGAUAGUGACGUACUUUUUCGUCUAGACAGUAAGCAUCAAAAUGCUAAAUUCUCUACUUAUAGUGUCUUGAUGAACAGCUGAUCAGCUAUACUAUCCUGGUAGUAGAUGAUCGCUGUUUUUAGAUAUGUAGGAUAUCCAGUUUAUCGAACAAUACUUAUUGUAUGUACCUCCAAUCACAACAUGGGGACAAAUCCUCGGGCACCACUAAGCAGCUCAGAUAUAUAUACAUGUUGAAAUUAUUGAAGAUUGAUAAAACACCAUUGACGCAAGUUCUGUAAGUACAUCUGCUUUGAUAUUUACCCACUGAAUUUUUCCGUUAAACUGUUCAGUUCCUUAAAUGGCAAAAAUUCUAUACUAAUAGCGAAUGCUGAUUUCAAAUAAAUAUUAUGUCCGUAUGGGAUCCGUAAAAUGCGUUAGCUGAGCUGUUGAUGGUAUCCUUUGAUUGAUGGAAUAACAUUAGACGAGUGGCUUCCAACGACAGAAUACUCGGAUUUUUUAAAGAAAAUCACCCUUAAUAUAAUCCCGGUUUCAAUUACAAAGUACUUCGACUGCACCAAUAGCGUCUACUAUUUCGCUAUUUCAUCUGGAACAAACGGAAUCUUCUUACUGUUGACUAGUGGAAUGUUUCGACUGUCAACACGGUCUCUGAGAUAUAUUUCUCCUUCAAAUGCAUACACAAUUCGUCACUUCAAUACCACAAAUCUACACACUAAACUUUCUUGACUAUUCAUUAGUGCAAUGAGUCAUACGUUUAGCAGUCUAUCUUUUUCCAAAAGGUUAAUCUUGUUUUUUUUAGGAGUACAAGGACAAUGGUUAUCUUUGAUAUACAUCGAGAUAUCUUAAUCCCCGAUAAAUAGAAUAAUGUCUGUAAGAUCUAGUUCGUGAUACAUGUAUCAAUGACUGAGUUAGGGUCGGUAAUAUACUUACAAGUACUUGUAAGUAAUUUUCCAUGGAACAACUUUAGCUGAAGAAACGUCCAUAAACUCCCCCACUAUAUAAGGUUUCAUAUUCGUCUGAAAUAACACCAUUGUAUUUACUGCUAGCCCAGAAAAUCGAACCUUUUUCGUAUUGACUGAAGGAAAAUUAUUUGAAAUUUUUUUGCCAACCGAAAGAUAACUGCGUAUUUAGCGUACAACGCUCGACUAUGACCAUCUAGUUUUCUUAAUACCAAAAUACUUAAGAAUAUAAAGUACUCACUCGUUUAUUUCACAAGUGAAUUCAUUUUCUGGGUAAGCAAUCUUAAACUACACAUAACAGAAAAUGUAUGUUUCCGCUAUAAAUGAUGGACGAGCCAACCAUAUAUCUGCAAAAUAUAAGAGUAUUAGAAAGUCCCACUUUUCCUAACUAUAUCCCUUCCUCAGUUGAGUUAUUUUGACCCUGAUCAUUGCGCGAUACAAACUGUAUUAUUCAUGAAAAGAUGAGUUUCAAAGUGUAGCGACCAAUAGAAUUAAUGUUGGCGUAGUGUUGAGUAUCGCCUACACAAUAUCAAAACGGUACAUUUGACUACUCAGCAUUCUAAUUUGUCUAAUUGGUUAAUAUUAUCGAAAUCUUACGGAUUACUUCCUUUGGUACUAUAUUUACUUCUUUUUGUUUCUUCUUACCGUAUAAUCAGAUAUGAAUUCGUUGAAGACAUUCAAAGAACUCUAAAGAAAUUAUUUAGUUUUAAUCAAAAUACUUUCAUCUCUUUCAUCUCUUGAGUAAAGAUCAUUGUAAUUUUUUUCCUACUGCACAACUAUCUUUGUUCAGAAGUUUACGAGACCUUUUUCCAUUUGUUCGUUUUUGGCAAAAUAUUUAGUUAGAAAUAAAAUCAUAACCAUAAGGUAAUCAG